AGUAAAACCACCGUUUCCCCGAACUUUAUAAUUGCCGCCUUCAAAAUCUGAUCGAUCCCCCUCAGUGAUCGCCGAAAUACAGGCAAAAAAAAAACAGAAACAAAAUCUAAUGAUCGAAAUUCUCGUUGCUGCUGCUGGAUGAUCCCUAACCGAAACGCAAUUCUGGUUAAUGCUGUUUUGCCCUAUCGUUCUUUCUGCUUUCUGUCGCACAAUUUUAUUUAUUUUAUUCCUUAGUUAUUUCGUCGACUCCUCUUUUUUUGGUGUUUUUCCGAUUUACCUUUUUUAGAUAGUUGCUGUAGAUUGACUAAGAUCCGGUUUCGAUUUCCCGAAUGGCCGAGGUUGAUAUUCAGCAUUUCAAAAAAAAGUUUUAAAGUUAUAUUUGAGGGGUAUUGCUUUUCUGCUCAUGGGGUUUUCUAAUUUUGUUUGAGGCUGAUAAAAGGUUCUUGAAAAUAUCCCAGCAAAUCAGAAUAUAAAGAUUCAGUCUUGGUUUCUCAAGUGGUAGGUUGAUUUUUCACAUUUUGGAGGACCUUCUAUAUGCUGUAGUGGUGUAGGGGAAAGGCAGAGGGAUAGAGAGAUGGUGCGGAAUAGGGAGAAAGAAGAAUCAGAGUCUCGACUGAUUCCUCCUGUAUCGAUAUCAGUUGCGGAUUCAACAUCAAUUAGCCUUAUAAAAGUUAUCUCUACUUUGAUUAUUUUUGUUUUGGGUAUAGUUAUAGGACUAGUUUCUAGCUUUCAUCUCCGUAAGUACUUCAGUUUUGAGGGUGAUCAGUUUAGUUUCAAAAGUAUUUACUUUGAAACUGAGCAAUUUAGCAGCCGUGAUAAUGAGAUGAUGUUGGUAAAUGGCGAAAGAGAUGAUUGCCUGAGCAUGGACAGAUUCCUCAGGCAGGGGAAUUUGAUCCAUCAAAUGACAGAUAAGGAGUUGUUUUGGAGGGCCUCACUAGUGCCCCAAAAGAAAGAGUUUCCAUUCAGGAGAGCACCGAGGGUGGCGUUCAUGUUCUUGACCCGUGGGCCAUUGCCCAUGUUGCCAUUGUGGGAGAGGUUCUUUAGUGGCCAGGAUGUGGAAAAAUACUCUAUAUAUGUGCAUGCUCUUCCUGGAUUUGAGCUACAAGUGUCCAACUCAUCUGUCUUUUACAGGCGCCAGAUCCCUAGUCAGCAUGUUCAAUGGGGAUCAGUGUCGCUGGUUGAUGCAGAGAAACGGCUCUUAGCCAAUGCCCUUCUUGACUUCUCAAAUGAGCGGUUUGUGCUUAUAUCUGAGAGUUGUAUACCCAUUUACAACUUCUCCACAAUCUACUCAUAUCUCAUGGGAUCUGACCAUAGUUUUGUGGAGUCAUACGAUGACCCUUCUCGUUAUGGACGAGGCCGCUACAGCCGUUGGAUGAAACCAGAUAUUAGACUUGCUGAAUGGAGGAAAGGGUCUCAAUGGUUUGAGAUUCGUCGUAAUUUGGCUGUGAGAGUAGUCGCAGACAGCAAGUAUUACUUGCUCUUCAAGAAGUACUGCAAACCUUCUUGCUACCCAGAUGAGCAUUAUAUUCCAACCUAUUUACGCAAGUUUUAUGGCGCCCUCAAUGCAAACCGAACAAUAACAUAUGUGGACUGGUCGCAAAUGGGCCCGCAUCCGGCAACCUUCGUGGCUGCUAACAUAACUGUAGGAUUCAUACACUCACUUAGGAACAACGUUACACAGUGCUCCUACAACUCAAGAAAUACGUCACUCUGCCAUCUCUUUGCUAGGAAGUUUGAUCCCAGCUCUUUAGAGCCUUUGCUGAAUCUGACCUCCCAAGUAUUGGGAUUUUGAAGUCAGAUUAUACUUGUUAUGAUUUUGUUACAUUCUACAAUUUUGUACAACUGCAUAGUUUUUGUAGCCAUUUGUAAAAUACAUGAAGAGGAGGACCCUUGGCUGGUAAAUUUGUUAGCUAAAACAGUCAUCUAUCUAUCUAAAAUAAAAAUUCAAACUUUUCUUCAA